AUGGCUCAAGAUGAUGAUAUCAAUAACCACAACACACUGCAGGCGACCAGCUCCGACUCGAUGAAUCCCUGCAAGGACAUGAGCGGGGGCGAAGACUCCAAAGGCAGCAGUCGCCUGGUUGUCGUGGGUGCUAUUGACAAGGGGAAGGGUGUUGCAAAGACAGAAGGAGAAGACCAGGUUGGUGGAUCUAACGGUAAGAUCAGCCCUCCACACGUCGCAGCUGCUGCCAGAGAUGGCAGAUCAGGCGGCCACCGUGGCAACAGAGAAUUGCACAUCACCACGGAGCGUGAGAGGAGGAAACGGAUGAGCACGAUGUUCAACGAGCUUCACAGCCUCCUCCCCACCCUCCCUGACAAGGUUGACAAAUCAAGCAUAGUGACGGAAACGAUACAUUACAUCAAGAGCUUGGAGGGGACGCUGAUGGAGCUUGAGAAGCGCAAGCAGGAGAUGCAGUUGGGACGAGGCAAGGUCGGUGCCGCAGCCAACAGUGGGAUCUCAUCUUCAGCGAUGGCGAUAACACCUACAGCCCUGGUGGCACAGGCGCCAGUUGUACUGCCAGAUGCUGGGAUCUGGCCAACAGGAGCAGCGCCAGCGCCACCUAUAACUGUUGGCAUGGUGACGCCGGCGCCGGUGGGGCUACAGACGUGGUCAGGGCAGAACGUCGUCCUAAGCUUGUCGGGCAAUGAUGCAUGGAUCAAUGUAUGCGUGGCACGACGGCUGGGCUUGCUGACAAUGGUGAUGGCCGUGCUCGAGAAGCACAACAUUGAUGUAGUCACCUUGGGGAUCUCGUCUGACAAUGCCCGGACCAUGUUCACCAUCCAUGCUCGCAUAAAUGGGGCGACCAACCAGUUGGGAUAUAAUGUGCGACCUGAGGAGAUAUACAAGCUGGCUGUGUCAGAGAUGAUGGUUUGGCUCUCAGAAUAA